GGGAAGAGCUUCUCUUAGCAGAGAGACACAUGGAAUCAGAGAAACACGCGGAAGCAGAGAUUCAACCCAAUAACGAACAAGUGCACUCUGGUGAGAGUCAUGACGAGAAAGUUUCUCGAGAUACCGAAAUGAAAGAAAUGGAAACUGCACAAGUCCAAGAGACCUGUGAGGACAACAAAGACGUUGCUAAGGAGAUAAAGGUGCUCCGCCUUACUUGGGAAGAGCUUCUCUUAGCAGAGAGAUAUAUGGAGGCGGCUGUUGUGGAAGAUUUGAGUUCAGAUCAAGUCAAGUCAACAAGAUUAACUUUGGCACAAGAAGAUCCUGCAAUCCAGGCCUUUAAGAUCAUAUCCAAUGAUAGGUAAGGGCGACUCACCCAGGUGGAAGGGAAAUUACAACAUCAAUUAAUUAAUUUAGCGUAUACCACAUGGGUGAAUAGUGCUUUUCGUGCGCGCUAAUUGAUUGGUUCGGAAGUGAUUAGCAAGUACUCUUCACUUUGUAGUAGCUGAAGAGACAAAAGCGAGCGUCAGCAAUAUAAUUACCAACAAUUUUUGGGAGUACUGACAGAAAUAAACUAAUCUCUUUGGCUUUUUUCACCUCAGAGUAACAACUCGGUAAAUAUCAACUCCUAUUCACCUCCACUGCGGUGAAUAGUUAUUUGAUGUAUAAUUGUGUCUCACGAUGUUUUACUACAGAUCGGUGGACAAACGUAAAAAAACAUUCACUACACCGUGAGACAAACAAUGUUUUUCAAAUAGAAAGUGUAUUCACUACGAUUACAAACCACCACCUAUUAUCACACUACAUUAACUUUCACAGGAUGUAAAAAUAAACUUAGCUUUAGACUAGAUCAGGCUAAAAUGCAUUUGAGCACAGGCAGAAGGAUGUUCAUUGCCUUGAUAGAAAUUACCAUAAUGAUUGACAGUGGCAUAAAACAAGCAUGUAAGGAUGCCACUAAACCUCAGAGUUCGUAUACUUUUUCAAGCUGCAGUUGAUUAGAGAUCAUGGACAGAUUUUCAGACAAAAAUAAGGCUCAGAGGAGUAUGGAAAAUUACUUUCCACAGGAAGAGGUCUAAAGAAAAGAAGAAACGAAGAAAACGAAAAAGGAAAGAAUCAUUAAAAAGUGUGGCUGAAGAGGACUCUGCUAUUCUGGAUUACAAGGAGAUACCCAGCCAUGGGUGAGUGAAAGUUACCUAGACUAUGUAAUUAACCAUUGAACAAGGAAAAUUAAGAAGCCAAUCUACAAAAUCUACCUCAAGGCAGUUUGCUUAAUCCUAACCACAGAAUAAAAAACUAUUGCAAGCUGUAUAAUAAAUACAAAUCGUAGCAGACAACUCAUAGAUAGAAUAUAUAGAUCAUAACAAUCUGACACUUGGUACUUGCAGGGAAAGAUCUCAGGUCAAGAAGAGAAAAAGGAAACUAAGAAAGGAAAGAGAAAAAGCACAACAAACAUCUCCAAGCGUGGCUGAGGAAGACCCUGCUAUCGUAAAUAAAAAUCCAUCGAAUGUUCCCCACUUAAACUUAAACUGUGAUAAAAUGCAAUGUUAACUUACUUAAAGCACAACUUCUUGUUUGCAUACUUUUGUUUGCCAGCAUUAUUUUUAUGCGAAACAUCACCACUGUAGUUUGGAAAGGAUCAAGAAAGCGGAGACUUUUCAAACGUUUGUUUAAAAUAACACACGAAAAAACUAUAUAAAGUAUAACCUAC